GAUGUUUACUGCCUUUUCUCAAGAACAUUUCUAGUCCCGUUCUGGAGGAGAACAUCCUGUGUAAUUCUUUCAAGGGAAAAAACAGAGAAUACUGGGAACGAAAGUUGAAGUUAUCAUGCUUGGCAAUGGAGUUAUCGGGAUUCUUUCAGAGUCUACAAACAAGUGGGAAAGAAGGGCUCCUCUAACACCAGCACACUGUGCUAGACUUCUGCACAGUGGCAAGGGUGAAAUGGAAGUGGCACGGAUUGUUGUCCAACCAUCGACAAAGCGAAUACAUCAUGAUGCACUUUAUGAGGAUGUCGGUUGUGAGAUUUCUGAGGAUUUAUCUGACUGUGGUCUCAUAUUGGGUAUCAAGCAACCUAAGUUGGAAAUGAUCCUUCCUGACAGAGCGUAUGCGUUUUUCUCCCAUACUCACAAGGCACAGAAAGAGAACAUGCAUUUGCUAGAUAAAAUCUUGGCUGAAAGAGCAUCUUUGUUUGAUUACGAGCUCAUAGUUGGAGAUGAAGGAAAGAGAUUACUUGCAUUUGGCAAGUUUGCUGGUAGAGCUGGACUUGUUGACUACUUAAGUGGAUUGGGACGAAGGUAUCUCAGUCUUGGAUAUUCUACUCCGUUCCUCUCACUAGGUUCAUCUUAUAUGUAUCCAUCACUGGCUGCUGCCAAGGCUGCAGUUGUUUCUGUGGGUGAAGAGAUAGCUACUACAGGAUUGCCCUCAAGAAUUUGCCCUCUAGUUUUUGUUUUCACUGGUUCUGGAAAUGUUUCUCUUGGUGCACAAGAAAUAUUCAAGCUUCUUCCUCAUACGUUUGUGGAUUCAAGUAGACUUCCAGCACUAUUUGACACGGCAGGGGAUCUUCCUGAAUCCAGACAUGCAUCUAGACGAGAUUUCCAAGUGUAUGGCUGUGUUGUGACUUGCGAAGACAUGGUUGAACAUAGUGACCCUUUUGAAGUUUUUCAUAAAGUUGAUUACUAUGCACACCCUGAACGCUACAGACCAAUUUUUCACGAGAAGGUUGCUCCGUAUGCAUCUGUUAUAGUUAACUGCAUGUACUGGGAGAGAAGAUAUCCUCGCUUAUUGAGCUCCAAGCAGCUACAGGAUCUACUAUGUAAAGGCUGUCCACUUGUUGGGAUUUGUGAUAUAACUUGUGAUGUUGGAGGAUCUAUAGAAUUUGUGAACAGAACCACAUUAAUCGACUCACCUAUCUUCAGAUAUGACCCAUCCCGUGACUCUUAUCAUGAAGACACUGAGGGUGAUGGUGUAAUAUGUUUAGCUAUCGACAUUCUGCCAACUGAAUUUGCUAAAGAGGCUUCACAACAUUUUGGUGAUGUCCUUUCCCAUUUUAUUGGGAACUUAGCUUCUAUGAAAGAUAUUGGAGAUCUACCCGUUCAUUUAAGGAGAGCUUGUAUAGCACAUGGAGGAGCUCUUACUUCUUUAUAUGAAUAUAUUCCCCGGAUGCGGAAUUCACAGUAAGUAUUCUUAUAUUAUUUAUUAAUGUAUCUUCUCUUCACAUUAUAGAGGGAUAUUUAAUACACUCUUUGAACUCCUGUUGCUCGAGAGAGAAUGCGGAUAUUCUCUUGACCUGUGUCUUCUAAUUAUUUAUUUAAGUUUCUGAAAUGCACUUCAAUAUUGCAUCCCUUAGAUAUCAAUAACUUACCUAAAGAGUGGUUCUCAAGAAUAUGUAUUAUUAAGUGGCACACAACGAUAAAGUACAACAGGGCGAUGGACUAAAACAUAGAGUUCCCUGAUAUAAAACUUGAUAUUGAUUGUAUUGAUUGAAAAAUAAUAAUAAUCUGAUACACCUUAUAUAGGUAAAACUAAUUACACUUUGGACCCUAGACAAUAUUAAUAAUAUAAACUAGACUAGUUGACUUAGUCUAACAUUCCCCCGCAAGUUCAGCGCGGUUAGCAAUCUGCAACUUGGACCGUAGAA